AAGACUUGGCGAUAUGAAUUUUGGGAAAAUAACAGAGUUCGUACUGAAAAGUUAGAAGAAACCAAGAAGGGAGACAAGAAAAAGGUAUUAAAAUUAGCUAUGGAUGAAAAUGAAUAUGUGACGAAGCUCUGGAAAGCAAUAAGAAAAGAAGAAAGAAAACUUUAA